CUCGCCAGCUCGCUUGGUCGCUCUCUCGCUCUCCCCCCUUUCUUUCUCUCUCUGUAACUGCACGACGCGUUGGGCGAGGUCAAGAGAGGUGGAAGGAUUUGACGCGUUGGGCGAGGUCAAGAGAGGUGGAAGGAUUUGAUUUUGAACGAGAAAACGGAGAUUCGAGAUAGAAGCGAAUCCGAGUGAAGGGAAAAGGGGGCGGAGAAGAGGGAGGAGACCGUUGAAGGCGUUUGAUGGCAAUAAUGCUGGCUCACGAGAGGGUUUUUAAUAAGGUGGGAAAAGGCCAAGCCAAGCUGUGGGUUUUGAUUUCUUAGCUCCGCUCGGCUCCACUCCCUACAAGAGCCUCUUUUGCGAAAAGAAGAGGAUGAUAUACUCAAAAGCAAAACUUUAUUUUUGAGAGAGACGGAGGGAAGCAACAGAAGAAGAGGAUUAGAAAAAGGUAAGGGGAAGAAAGCUGAGACAAAGAAGAGGAGGAAGCUCUUCUUUCUAUGUCCUUUUUUCUUGAAGGAUCGACAAAAGGCCGAAAUAAAAGCAAAAGAUGGCAGAAGAUUGCUGUUCCUUCAAUAAGGAUUCACUAAUAAUAAAGCCUCCAAAGAAAUCACCACUAGCAUUGAGGAUGGUUGUCUUAGCUGCUGUUAUGAUCUGUGCCGUUUAUAUUUUCUCUGUAUGUUUAAAGCUGAUAGGAAAUCAUAGAGUGCCCAGAAUUAUACAGAUUGAACUAGCAGAACAGCCUUGUCAUAAUCCUGGUAUUCCACAAGCUGAGAUUCCCUAUGUGCACUAUCCAGAACCUACCACUUAUAGCAGGGAAGAAUGUGCAUGCACACCCGUUCGAUACUUCGCUAUAUUGUCAAUGCAGAGGUCUGGAAGUGGAUGGUUUGAGACUUUAUUAAAUAGCCAUAUUAACAUUAGCUCUAACGGGGAGAUAUUCUCUGCCAAAGAAAGGAGAAGUAAUAUAUCAGCUAUCAUAAAGACAUUGAAUAAAGUUUACAAUCUAGAUUGGUACACUAGUGCUUCAAAAAAUGAAUGCACAGCCGCCAUUGGCUUCAAGUGGAUGCUUAAUCAGGGUCUCGUGACAUAUCAUGAAGAAAUAGUUGAUUACUUCAAGAUGAGAGGGGUCUCUGCAAUAUUCCUCUUCAGAAGAAACCUACUUCGCCAGAUGGUUUCAGUACUAGCUAACAAUUAUGAUCGAAAUACUAAGCAGUUAAAUGGAACACAUAAAGCUCACGUGCACUCAAGAGAUGAGGCUUAUGUGCUUGCACGAUACAAGCCCACAAUCAAUGCAACAUCAUUGAUUCCAGAUCUAAGAAACACAAGGGAGUCGACCACCAAAACUCUCAAAUACUUUAAGAGCACACGCCACAUUGUUCUCUACUAUGAGGACCUCAUUCAGAACCAUACUAAAAUGGUGGAUGUUCUGGACUUCCUUAGAGUGCCUCGGAGAAAGCUGGUCAGUCGUCAUGUAAAAAUACACACAAGGCCAUUGUCUGAGCAGGUGCAGAACUGGAAUGAUGUCUACCAUGCCCUUGAAGGAACUCGAUACGAGAACUUCUUGACUGCUGACUACAAAAUAUUUUCUUGACUGCUGACUGCAAAAUUAGAGUGUGACCAUGAGCUCAGUAGGUGUAAAUAAUUUCCUUUCUUUUCUCCCUGUUCCAGUAGCUGGCUUUGUUUAUCCAAUGUUUAGCCAGAAAGUUGUCGUUGUUGAAAUAGCAUUUGAUGCUAAAAGAAUUAUUGCGUAAGCCUUCCCAAGUUUUCAGCUUCCUGAAGAAGAUCAUUCCAGGUAUACAAGUUGGUCUUAUACGCAGAUUGUUCUCAUCUUCAUCUUGUGUCGGCACCUUAUCAUUCUUGAUCAUUUUCUCACUUGGUACCGGUCAUUGAUGGCAAAGUGAUCUUGUUUACGGCAGGUGUCGUAGUUAUAACAUGAUCUGCUUGCGAGGAAUCGAGUGAUCUCUUGUUAUAACAGUUCUUUUUUAUCUAUAUAUUUCAUUUUGGGUGCAGAGAGGGCUUUUGAAGUUUUGUAGAUGAUAAGUGAGUUUUUCCUCA